GCCGACUUCACGCUGUACGGUGUAUACAAGGUCGAAUGUGAUCGCGAUUUAAUGGAAAAAAAAAGAAAGUUAUUAUUGUACGAUUUUUUUGUCAACGUCGGUAAAGGUGAAGGAACCUGAACUAACUUAACCUAUUGUAAGCGCAUGGCAUAAGCGUUUCAAUGAAAUAUAUACUUGGAUAUGUGUGUAUUUACAUACCGAUAGCCUGAAAUAAUUUAUGGUAACUUGGAGUAAGCUGUAAUUAAAAUGCAACGAUUGGAUAACAAGGCGAAGUUUAAAUCGUUUCUCACUGUGACAAGCAGUGCUGUUGCUCUGUUUGGUGGUGUCUCAAUCUUUCAGGGCAAUGAGAAAUUUUACAGAGACGCAAUUAUACCUCUGGUUCAGCUAAUAGAUCCAGAAACUGCCCACAAUCUUGCAGUGACAAUUCUGAAGUGGGGUCUUGUGGCAAAGCAGAAGGUAGAAGAUUCCAAGUCACUGCGAACAAGUGUGUGGAACCUGCAAUUCAAAAAUCCAGUUGGUAUGGCUGCGGGAUUCGACAAACAAGGAGAAGCAGUGGAAGGAUUGCACGACAUUGGUUUUAGCUUUGUAGAAAUAGGAUCCGUGACACCGAAACCUCAACCUGGUAACCCAAAGCCCAGAGUCUUCAGGUUAUCAGAAGAUAACGCGGUUGUGAACCGAUAUGGAUUUAACAGCGAUGGUUAUGAUGUUGUAUGGGAACGUCUGAAGAAACUGAGAGAAAAUCAGAAUUUUAAUGGUAUUCUUGGGGUAAACUUAGGGAAGAAUACGGAUACAAAAGAUGCUGUUCAAGACUACAUCAAUGGCAUAAGGAGAUUUAUGGAUGUAGCAGAUUAUUUUGUAAUUAAUGUAUCAUGCCCUAAUUCUCCGGAAGUGACAUGUUUACAAAGCAAGAAGAAUUUAGCAGACUUAUUAAUCAGAGUAAACAGCGCGAGGCGGUCGAUGGGUAGUAGACAGCCGUUGCUCUUAAAGUUGGCCCCAGACUUGUCAGAGUCUGAACGGCAAGAUGUGGCGGAUGUGGUUUUAAAUGAGAAAACCAAGGUCGAUGGUCUGAUCUUGUGCAAUACAACAACUACACGGCCGGAGCUGACGAAUCCCAACAAGAAAGAGAACGGUGGCCUCAGCGGUGCUCCUCUGACUAAUAUUUCCACCACUAUGAUCUCUGACAUGUACAAACGAACACGUGGUAAUAUCCCGAUCAUUGGUGUAGGCGGGAUUUUCUCGGGCGUUGACGCUUAUGAGAAAAUAAGGGCCGGUGCUUCUUUAGUGCAGAUUUAUACAUCUUACAUAUACAAUGGACCGCCGAUAGUUGGUAAGAUCAAAACUGAAUUGUGUGAGAUACUUGAGACCAAUGGCCUUUCUUCCGUCACUGAUGCAAUCGGCAAAAAUACGAAAGGUAGAUAAAUAAUUCACGUAAUUUUACACAUGAUUUCGUGAGAAUAAUGUUAAAUUUUAUGUAAUGUACAUACAAAUGUAUCAUUAUGUAGAAUCUGUUUUCAAGCUACAACACAACAUGCACCAACAUAUGUUACAAGUCGCAGACUUCAUUAAAUUCUAUUAAAGUUACAAUUGUGUACGUGUGCCAAAUUAUUCUUAAUAUUACUUUUAAUAUAUACACUAAUAAAAAUCACAAUGCUAGCUAA